CUGCGGCCGUCCCGAAUAUGACGGCUGACAUCAUAACCUACCGUCUGGGAGAAAAGCACUAUUGUUAUAUAGUGGCCCCAAAAACCUACGAUGCCGCCAUUCAGGCGGCGAGGGAUAAUUACAAGGAGCUCAAGGACGUCGAUCCAGCUCGUAUCACCCUCUGCGUCAAUAGCUUCGUCGGUGCUCAACCGCAGCGUGUCCGGAUCAGCCCAGACUCAUGGCCGAUCGUACUCUCUAGGCUCUCCAGCCGCCAGGUCGUCGAAAUCGUGUUGCAGCCUUCCACUCUCCCUCACAUUGUUGUACACGCUGCUGAGGACGUGGACAGUCUGCCCACAUACGAGGGCCUCCGGGAGCAAUCUCGGUCGAAAGACUCUUAUCUCGCUGCCCCUCCCAGCCAAUCGGUGUCCCCACUGGUGAAAUCUAUAUCCACAGAACUCAUUCGCUCCGUUCAGAGACAUGCGAGAAGAUGACGUCCCCUGCACAGUCUCAGAGGUCGGAGUCCAGCCCCUUCUCAUUGUUGACAGGCGUUGCGAAUAACGUCUUCCAUGGGAGCUCCCCGAAGUGACUUCCCGCCUCUGAGCCUUGCAUGUAUAUGUAGCACGCACCACCCUGGUUGUGCCACAAGAUGUACCAGCGCGCACAAUUGUCAUCAC